CGCUUCCAGCCGCGAGUGAGGCGGAGACCCGGGCUGGCGGGCGGAGCGGGAGAUACCGCACCUCGGCCAUAGGCGGCUGCAGCAGCUGCCGCCCUCGUCCCCGCCGCCGCCUCUCCGGCCCCUUCGGAUCACCCCGCAGCUGCUGGGAACAGGCAAGAAAGAGGAGGCGGCGAGAAACUCCCACCGACCCGCAGAGCACUGAAUUGAGAGUUCCUGUUGCUCCACCUCUUCACCAUCAUUUGGUAUUGACAGUCUUCCAGAUUUAGACCACUCUAGUAGUUGUUCCAAGGGAGAUUCAUGCAUGCCUGUCUUUGGUCAGAGGAGCGGGAGGAGCGUGGACCAAGGUCCUACCCACCGAUCCCAGGGAGCAUGACUUCUGCAACUUCACCUAUCAUCUUAAAAUGGGACCCCAAAAGUUUGGAAAUCCGGACACUAACAGUGGAGAGGCUUUUGGAGCCACUUGUUACACAGGUGACAACCCUUGUCAACACAAGCAACAAAGGUCCAUCUGGGAAAAAGAAAGGAAGGUCAAAGAAAGCCCACGUACUGGCUGCAUCUGUAGAGCAAGCCACUCAGAACUUCCUGGAAAAGGGCGAACAGAUUGCUAAGGAGAGUCAAGAUCUUAAAGAAGAAUUGGUCGCGGCUGUAGAAGAUGUCCGCAAACAAGGUGAGACCAUGCGUGUCGCCUCGUCCGAGUUUGCUGAUGACCCGUGCUCGUCGGUGAAGCGUGGCACCAUGGUGCGGGCGGCGAGGGCAUUGCUAUCGGCUGUAACACGCUUACUCAUCCUGGCGGACAUGGCAGAUGUCAUGAGACUUUUAUCUCAUCUGAAAAUUGUGGAGGAAGCCCUGGAAGCUGUCAAAAAUGCUACAAAUGAACAAGAUCUUGCAAACCGCUUUAAAGAAUUUGGUAAAGAGAUGGUGAAACUUAAUUAUGUAGCAGCAAGAAGACAACAGGAGCUGAAGGACCCUCACUGUCGGGACGAGAUGGCAGCCGCCCGAGGGGCCCUGAAGAAGAAUGCCACAAUGCUGUACACGGCCUCCCAGGCUUUUCUCCGCCACCCUGAUGUUGCCGCCACAAGGGCCAACCGAGAUUACGUGUUCAAGCAAGUCCAGGAGGCCAUCGCCGGCAUCUCCAGUGCUGCCCAAGCGACCUCGCCCACUGACGAGGCCAAGGGCCACACGGGCAUCGGCGAGCUGGCUGCGGCGCUGAACGAGUUUGACAAUAAGAUCAUCCUGGACCCCAUGACGUUCAGUGAGGCCCGGUUCCGGCCAUCCCUGGAGGAGCGGCUGGAGAGCAUCAUCAGCGGCGCGGCGCUCAUGGCCGACUCGUCCUGCACGCGCGAUGACCGGCGCGAGAGGAUCGUGGCCGAGUGCAACGCCGUGCGGCAGGCGCUCCAGGAUCUGCUCAGCGAGUACAUGAAUAAUGUAAGUCUGGGGCCUUGCUGCCCGCGUCCGCGCGGCUUCUGGCGUGCACUCCUGCGGCUCUUAGGAAAGCAUGCGUGGCGUGGAAAGAGGACAGGAUGUCCCCACAGGGAGUCAGCCAGGCGCAACCCAAGAGCCGCUGUAGGAGGGUCUGUGUCCUCAUUUGGUGUCAGAAUGCAUUUUUUUAGUGUGGAAGAGAUUCCUUAG